GUCAUAUAAAAUUCAAGCUGAUAGGUAGCUUCGGUAGUGUUUUGAUUUGGGUGGCUUAUUUGUUGGAGCCUUAUGGCUCCUAAUGCUGGAGCUGAGAGGGCCUUUAGCUUUAUGAUGGCCUUGGGAAUUUCUAAGGAGGAGGUGAAGCCAGUGUUGAUAAAGCUGUUAAGAGUUUAUGAAGGAAAUUGGGAACUAAUUGAAGAUGACAAUUAUCGGACACUUGUAGAUGCGUACUUUGAUUUUGAGAAAGAGAAGGUUGUUGAAGGUGAGAGAAAACCUAAUGCCAGUGGUCAUGGCCAAAAAUCAACAGGGAAACCGUUCUUGGUAGAUGGUGAUGACCGUGCUUUAUCAAAGAUCUUUGAACAGAAAAACGUUAAGCCAUCUCAAACAUUCACGGAAGACGAUAGGCCCCAAACCAGUUCACAAGCAUUACAUUCAACCAUGAGUGAGGCCAAAAAGAUCUCUAAUUUACCUCGUGGAUCAGCUAAGGACAGACCUGAGAAAGCAUCAUCUGCACGGCACCGUGGCCAGAUCGAGAUGAACCCUGUGAAGAGAAGGGCUAAAAAACCCAAAUUACUUACUUCGACGAAUCAUAAUGGAGAUCUUUGUGUUAAACCUCCGUCAAAUCAGGAUCAGGAUUUGCAAAGUAAAAAUCCUGUGCCAGACUGCAUCAAUAAUACCCGUGCUUAUAAUGGAAAUAUUACAAUCGCUAGUUCUUCACAUCUUGAAGAAGUUAAAUUAUCUUUGAAUUGUGAGUCAGCCUUGGCAGGACUAAACUUCCGUAUUCCUGAUUUGGCUAUUGUUAUGAAGUUCAUGGACAAGAAGUACCUUAGCUCAAGCAAAACUGCUGACCCUCAAUUUUCUACGGCAAAGUUAUUGGAUGAUCUUUGUAGCAUUUUUCUUAAGCUGGGGCUUCGAAAGGGAUCAAAUUCCAACCUAGCCAAUUCAGAUACACAAUACGCUAGUCUAGAAGAAAGGAAAGCCUUCAAUUUUAUCAGUGACAUAACAAAAGGUUCAGAAAAGGUGAAAAUAUCGUUAAUAGAUGAAUUUGGCGGUGAAGUCUUGCCAAAAUUUAAUUACAUACCAUGCAAUAUAAUAUAUCAAAGUGCUACUGUAACUAUUUCUUUGGCCCGGAUUUCGGAUGAGGGUUGCUGUUCUGAUUGUUCAGGGGACUGUCUUUCUUCAUCAUUACCAUGUGCGUGUGCUCGGGAAACUGGUGGAGAGUUUGCUUACACUCCUCAAGGUUUGUUGAAAGAAGAAUUUCUAACUGCUUGCGCGACUAUGAAGACUGAUCCUAAAGAUCAUCAUUUUGUGUACUGUCAAGAGUGCCCUUUGGAGAAGUCAAAGAAUGAGUACAUGCCUGAACGAUGCAAGGGACAUAUGGUAAGGAAAUUUAUAAAGGAAUGUUGGAGGAAAUGCGGAUGUGACAUGCUUUGUGGGAAUCGGAUAGUGCAACGAGGUAUUGCAUGCAAAUUGCAGGUGUUCUUAACUCGAGAAGGUAAAGGAUGGGGCCUUAGAACGUUAGAAGAUUUGCCAAAAGGAACUUUUGUAUGUGAAUAUAUUGGAGAGAUAUUAACCAAUAUGGAGUUAUACGAUAGGAUAAUGCACGAGAGUGGGAAUGACAGACAUACAUAUCCAGUAACUCUUGAUGCGGACUGGGGCUCAGAAAAGGGGUUAAAGGAUGAGGAGGCACUAUGUUUAGAUGCAACAUAUAAUGGAAACGUAGGAAGGUUCAUCAAUCAUAGAUGCUAUGAUGCAAAUCUCAUAGACAUUCCCGUUGAAAUAGAGAGUCCAGAUCACCAUUAUUAUCAUCUUGCCUUCUUUACCAAUAGAAAUGUGAGUGCGUAUGAGGAAUUGACUUGGGAUUAUGGUAUUGAUUUUGAUGAUACAGAUCAUCCUAUUAAAGCAUUUCGGUGUUCUUGUGGAAGCGCCUUCUGCCAUGAUAAGAAACAAAAAGGUUAGUUCCAUUAAUCAACUGUUUUCCUUAGUUGCGGAAUUCCUCACCCCUAGAUGCAAGUGUUAAUUUCUGUAUUUAUAAAUGGCUGUGUAUAUUAUUUGUAGUAAAAUCUCUGUACAUUUUUUAUUACACUUGAACAAAAUCAAAGAGAAAAUAUAUUUUAGAUAGCUUUCACAAGUGU